AUGAUCACAACCAGCCUUAUUUGCAAUUGUACUAUGAAACCAUCCUCAAGGGUUCUCGUUGGUUACAAGAAUUCAUUGUUUCUUUCAAGAUGUCAUCAAACUCUUGCCAUGUCUAACUCUAACAUUUUUUAUCUCAAUCUUGAUCACAGCACCAUGCACUACCCUUUUCGCUCGUUCGAGUUUGGACGCAUAAUGAAUGGUAACCAACGAGUUUUUGGGUUACCCUCUUCGAGUUUUGGCCAAUCUAAGUCCCUUAGUUUAAGUGCGAGGAAAACAAUGGGGGUUGUCAAUGCCAUUUUUGGAGUUAACUUCAACUCCAAGGCUCGUCACUUCUCAGGCUCAAUUGAGACACGUGUCAAUGAAAAAAAUGGUGAGAAGGUUUACGUAAAGGAUUGCAUGCAUGUGAAGCCAUUAGUGGCGGAAAGCGUUGAUAAAGAUGAGAAGAAUGUUGAAGGAGAGGAAGAGUCAAGGUUAGAGGUUGGUGAAGAAGAUGUGAACAAAGAGAAUUCAGGUGGUUUGAAGAAUGUGACUGAGACCAAGAAAAUGGGUGAUGAGGAGACAGAGGUGGAGAAAGAGGCAUGGGAGUUAUUGCAAGAGGCACUGGUGACGUAUUGUGAUACCCCUGUGGGGACAGUAGCAGCAAAUGAUACAGAAAAUUCACAAGCUUUGAAUUAUGAUCAGGUCUUUAUUCGGGAUUUUAUCCCUUCUGCUCUUGCUUUCUUGCUCAAGGGAGAAAAUGAGAUUGUCAAGAACUUUCUCCUUCACACCUUGCAACUCCAGAGUUGGGAGAAAACAGUGGAUUGCUAUAGCCCAGGGCAGGGCUUGAUGCCUGCUAGUUUCAAAGUUAAAAAUUUGACACCUGAUGAAAAUGAUAAAGAAGUUUUAGAUCCUGAUUUUGGAGAAUCAGCCAUUGGUCGAGUUGCACCGGUAGAUUCGGGAUUGUGGUGGAUUAUUCUUCUGCGGGCUUAUGGGAAGAUCAGUGGAGACUACGAUUUGCAAGAAAGAUUGGAUGUUCAAACGGGCUUACGAAUGAUCCUUAACUUGUGUUUAACGGAUGGCUUUGAUAUGUUUCCUUCUCUAUUGGUAACUGAUGGAUCUUGCAUGAUAGAUAGGAGGAUGGGUAUUCAUGGCCACCCCCUUGAGAUUCAAGCUUUAUUUUACUCGGCUCUUCGAUCUGCCCGUGAGAUGGUAUUGGAAAAGGACAAAUUCAAGACUAUGGUUGGAGAAAUUAACAACAGGCUCAGUGCACUAUCAUUCCACAUUAGAGAAUACUACUGGUUAGAUAUGAAAAAGAUGAAUGAGAUAUACAGGUACAAGACAGAAGAGUACUCAUUGGAUGCCACAAACAAGUUCAACAUCUAUCCAGAACAAAUUCCCAUGUGGUUAAUGGAUUGGAUUCCAGAAGAAGGUGGAUAUCUGAUAGGGAAUCUGCAACCAGCUCAUAUGGAUUUCAGGUUUUUCAUGCUUGGAAAUCUUUGGUCUGUUGUUUCAUCUUUGGGCACCCCAAGACAGAAUAAAGCUAUUUUGAAUCUGAUAGAAGCAAAAUGGAAUGAUCUUGUUGGGCAAAUGCCUCUUAAGAUAUGUUAUCCUGCUUUGGAGCAUGAUGAAUGGCGAAUAAUUACUGGCUGUGACCCAAAGAAUACACCUUGGUCAUAUCACAAUGGUGGAUCGUGGCCAACCCUUCUGUGGCAGUUCACAUUGGCAUGCAUCAAAAUGGGGCGAAGUGAACUAGCUCAUGAAGCAGUUGCUUUGGCUGAGCAAAGGCUGCCAAAGGAUUCUUGGCCUGAAUACUAUGACACCCGCACAGGAAGAUUUGUUGGAAAACAAGCCCGGCUUUAUCAAACAUGGACUUUAGCUGGGUUCCUAUCAUCUAAGAUGCUCUUGAAGAAUCCUGAAAUGGCAACCAUGUUAUGCUGGGGUGAGGAUCUUGAGAUUCUUGAGACAUGUGUUUGUUUACUUAACAAGAGUGGCAGGAUAAAAUGCUCCCGUGAUGUUGCAAAGUCUCAGAUUCUCGUGUGA